AUGGAUUACCAAACCAUUUUCACCAUCUUGUUCGACCUCGCCCUGUUGUACCCGUACCUACGGGCUCUUUUCCCCUUUGUGACCAAAAUGGCCAUCGCCCUCUGGCCAUUGGUUUCCUCCUACCUCUCCUUUGUCGCAGCAUUCGCCGCGGACAAGAACUUUGUCGUCGCUGUGGUGUCUUGGCUCUCCCUACUUCGGUACUGGAAGCCCUGGGCCGCUGCGACGGCUGACCUACGUGAGGAAGUCGAUCUCGCGAUUGACCUCGUAUUUCUCGUGUGGUUCCUGAUGGGCGUUCCAAUCAUUGUCAUGACAAUCUGGUUCGGCCUGAUGGGAGUUCUUCGUCUUGCCGGCAACGAAAUAGUCCGCCGAAUCCAUGACGCCAUGGACUUCGAAAUCGACCUCACGGAUUACAUCGUCAAAUGCUACAGCCCCAUGACGCCAGGGUCCACCGGUGAUCGCAUCAUGGCCCUGCAAUUGGCAGCCCAAAAAUACGACAAAGAACUCGUUUGGCAACGUACCCCCUCGCACUUGUACCUGUACCUCCUCGACCGACAUCGACCGGACCCUAUCUUUGGUAGACGCCCGCGCCGCGCCGUCAAGGAGCCGUCCUUCACAGACGAACAGUUGCGAGCCCAAAAGGAGUUCAAGAAAGUUGUUAUGGAGCGCGCCAGACAAGUCUUGGCAGCAAGGAAGAACGGAGGAACCACCGUUGAGCAACCGGUUAUCGAUCUGAAGCCGACAACAUCCGACAUCGAAGAGCACGCCCCGGCUGCUCCAUCAGUGCCUCAGCCAAGAGAGACCCAGUCUUCUGCUUGGCCCACUGAUCCCGAGUCUGAGAAAGUCACCGACGACGUGACGAUUGCCAACGGACCAAUAGAGACCGAGGAACCCGCGGACAGGACACAGUCCAGAGGUGAAGGUCUGGUCGGACCCAGCCCGAAAGCACCAGAGCCCGAGGCCUCAUCUGGGGUGGAAGGCAAUGGCUUGCUGGAGGGUGACGAAGACAGCCGAGCUGAGGAACCGGAGAGCUCGCAUGAGCAGGAAGGUGAAAGCUCCGCCGAGGAACCCAAGUCCUCAUCUGGGGAGGAGGGUGAAGGCCUGGCCGAGGAACUUGAGUCUUCAUCUGAAGAGGAUGGUGAAGGCCCGCUGUACAAAGUCGACACAGCCAACGACCUCGAGAUCUCAUUUGAGGUGGAAGGCGAGGUGCCAUUGUCGACAGCCACGGUACCCGAAGCGGCCCAGGAACCGGAGUCCUCGUAUGAGGAGGAAGGUGAAAGCCUGCUGAACAUCGACACAGCCCCAGCCGAGGAACCUGAUACCUCCAUGGAGGUGGAUGGUGAAGGUUGGUCCACCAUGGCGCCUGUCCCAGAGUCGUCGUCUGACGAUGGACUCCCAGUCGCCGGUGGCAACAUGGACGAGACCUCCCAUGGGGUGGAGUCCGACGUUGAGAUGGCUGAUGCCGAGCCCCUCGCGGGGAUGGCGGUACCAAGGCCAUCAUAUGAUCUGUGUAUGGACGUUUCCAACUCUCAGGAAACCAUCCUGCCAUUGGAAGUCGCGGCGGCAUGGCCUCUUGCUGGUCAAGAGCCUGUCAGCUGUGACGAUACCCGCGGAUGGUUGGACGUGUCGCCUGCUCUUCAAAGCGCUCAGAACGUCGUCGAGGCCCAGUAG